AUGGAGGGAGAGAGCAGAAGGAGACGAGGACGAGUGCAGGCUGUCAGGGGAACAUCAUCUCGAGAUCUGCUGGAUUAUCAGUGUGUGAUGGAGUUUCCCAUGAUGCUUCAUGGCUUUACGUUGAUUCCAUGGAUAAAAGUGCUCAACUCAACCCCCUCUGAGGGUAUAAAAGAUCUGAGAGCAGCUCCACUCAGGCUUCAGACCUGCAUCACCUGCGCCAAUCUCACACUGCAUUUCAGUGCUAUUGCAAUGCUGUCCCGGACGCUGGUUGUUCCGUUGAUCUUUGCAUUAGUGGGUGUCUCUAUUUCUGCACCAAUAAACGAUGGAACAGAUAAUGAUGAGGCGGCUGCAGCCCUAGGGAUCCUCAAUGCUCCUCCGACUCCAGUCCCUGGAAAUGCAGACUCAGGUACUACAGAUGGGAAAGAUUCAGCAGAGAAACAAGGAGGUCCCAGUGACUCGCCUGACACCACUGAAAAACCAGAGGUUGAUGGUGCUCCUGACACAUCAGAUACUAACAGUGACAAAAGCCUGGAUGAAGCCACCAGCGGCCCAGAUUCAAUAGACACAACAGAUACUGACACAGACACUAAUACAGAAACAGAUGCAUCGCAGCAGAAGACAAGCGAUUCAGAUGAGAACAAUGAGAAACCAUCAGCGGAGGACAGCACAGAUGCAGAUCACGCUGAUACAGAUUCAAAAGAAAAGGAAUCUACAGACACGGAUGAAAAGGCAGACACUGAUUCAGACGGCUCAGACGGGGAUUUUGCUAGUGUGGAAAAGCAAGAUUCUGAUGAUGCACCUGAUGAUGCAAAUAAAACCUCUACAGGAGAUACAGAUGAUUCAUCAGACAAGGAUUCUUCAGACACAGAUGAGCAGCAGGACUCUGACGAUUCUGACAAAGACAAAACAGAUGGAGACACCGAUGAAAAGAGUGACAAGAAAGACGACAAAGACACCAGCGAUGACUCCAGUAAAGACUCAGAAGACGAGGGUCACGAAACCUCUGAGACGGCAGACAAAAGCGACACAGACAGCAACUCAGACACUGAUGAGGUGAAAGUUUCAGACGACUCCAAAGACCAGGAUUCAGAAUCGAAAGACACCGACAGCACGGAGAAGAAAGAGAAAGACCAGGACACUGACAGCGACGCAGACACCAGCAGCGUUCAAGACGCGGCAGAUUCCCCUGAUGCAGCAGACGCCGAGGAUAAAGACAAGGACAGCAGUGAAGAUGAUGGAGACAGCGAGAAGGAUGCCAAAGAGAAGGAGGAGACCAAUGAGACGGGCAGCAACAGCGAUGAGGGAAAAGAUAAAGAGGACGAAUCCAAACCAGACGAACAGGACAAGGAAGACGCCACCUCAAAAGAAGACGCCGCAGCCAGUCAGUCUGACGAAAGUCCACUGGAGGAAAUGACAGAAGACAAGCCUGAUUCUGACAGCUCCAGUCUGGACUCAAAUUCAGACACAGACUCUGACAGCAAAGAUAAAGAGCAGGACAAAGACAAGAACAGCACAGAGUCCACAGACACAGAAAGCUCUGACAGCGACACGGACAGCUCAGAAUCAGAAGGGGAAGAUACCAAUGAAGACAAUGACUCCAGCGUGGACAGGGAGAAACAAGAGUCUCCUGAUGGGGCAUCAAUAGAGACAAAUGACUCUCAUUCUGACUCCAGCGAUGACCAUGACAAUGACUCAACAGAUGCUACGACAUCAAAUGAACACACUGAUGAAAACACUGAUGCAGACAGCCAUGAUGUUGCAGACGAUGAUGAUGAUGACACUGAUGUCCAUGAUGAUGAAGUUGGGGUUGAAGAUGGCACAGAUGCCGCUUCUAAAACACACGAUGAACCAGAUCAUCUUGAAGACACAACACAAGGAUCAGAUGAUGCCAGCAAAACCCCUAUGCCAAGCUCCUAGCGACCAGGACUCUACAAAAACACUGUAACAGAUUUUUCCUGGAGAGACGUAAAAAGAAUCACCUGAGACAGUCAAGAUAACCAGAGUUUUACAUCCCAUUAAAACACAUUGACACGUCCCUCUCGUCCUUUCUUUCUCUCUCUCUCAUAUGGUGAAGGUUCCUUUCUAAGGGUUCUGGGAUGCAGAUUAAAUUAUUCGGCUGUUUGCUGUACAUUCCAUUUUUUUUUACUUUGUCCUAAUUCUAAAACUUUUGUAUCUUUUGAUAUAUUAAUUUUACCAGUUUUAGAUGGAAAUGCAUGGUGAACAGAGAGGGUCUGGAAUUGCAUACCUCAUGCAUUUGUCUAAUUGCGUAGGGUCUAAAUAUAUUUCGUUUCGAGUGACACAUUAAACUUAGAGAGUAGAACUAACAGAAGGAAUUCUGAGAAAGCGAACGAUUCGGGUCUGGUGAAAAUGUUGAUCUGUCAAACCUGUGAUGGUUCUAUUGCUUUGUCCACAUGGUGUCCCCAUCCUUGACACCGACUGAAAGACUGCAGCUGCUGCAACGAGAACCUUCCCUCCUGCUCUCAGAUAAACGCCGGCCUGAAAUCUCACAGAAUGAGAUGUUUUGUACAGACAAUUUCUGUUAGAAUCUCUGAUGUCUACGUCUCUGGGGAGGAAUACUAAUAAACUAGCAAUGUAAGAGCACAGAUUGCUCUGAAAACUGUUAAAAAAUUAUUUUGUAUAGUUAUAAGUCAUUUUAAUAUGUACACAG